UCAUUUAACUCAGACAAGUAGAGGGCAUAGCAUAUAAGAAGUGGUCUCACUGCCAACUUCAUUCAUAGUGCGAAAUCUUUCCAUGCGUCAUCAUGUUGAAGUGGCUGAAAAAGGCGAGCCCGUCGUUGCAGCGUCCUACCAAGGAGGUUAAAAAAGAGCGAGAGCGGCCCAACUUUCCUGUUCCCAAUACGUAUGGACUGCCCAACCCCGAGGACACGGAGGAUCCCGAGGCAACCGCAGCGGCAAACAGGGAGGUGGCGAAGGUGAUUGCGGAGAUGGCAGAGGCAAGAAGCCGGAAGAGGAAGCGCGGGAACUACGGUACUUACACCCCAGAACAGCGGGCAAAAAUCGCCAAGAUGUGCAUCGAGGUCGGGCCUCAAAAGACGGCGGACCACAUGUCAGCAGAAGUCGGUCGCCAACUCAACGAGAGCACCGUCCGGUCGAUCAAGAACAGCUUCAAGAAAGAAGUGGAACGCCUCGGUACCUGCGACGUGGGAAAAUUUCCACGAAGACGGACUGGACGCCCGCUCAAGCUCGAACGACAGUUGACAGUACAUGUAUGAACACAUGCAUACAGAACGCCGCUAGGUAGUGUCAGUUUGCCAUCACCAUUGUUAAACUUGAUCAUGACUAAUUGCUGUGUACAAAACGUUUACCAUUUCAUGCAAAGCCAGUUACUUUGGGUACUUCCAGGUCAUCAUCAUCAGAUAUAAUCAAUGCAAACGAGGACAUUAUAUUUUUUAUUAUUUGUACAUGUAUAAUCAAUGACAAACCUUUAUCAGUUUCCAAACUUCUUGUUCACAUUCAUCAUUGACUCCACAUUUGAAACAAGAAAUCAACUUGCUGCGUGUUGUACAACAGAGGCAUAUCACAUUUUCAUUUUCUCAAAGAUGAGUAAGCAUUAAGUGGAUUACCUUUUAAUCUUGUAAUGAUCAUGAUCAUGCGCAAGUCUUUGGGUUUUUUCUUUCUCCGGUUGAAAUGUAUAUACUACAGUAUAACCCACGGAACUCUUCUAUGUUGACAGGUUACGGAUGUGCCAAAUAAUGUGUCACGACUUCUGUAACAAUCAUCUCUAAUAAAAUCUAAGAUGUUGGAUUGGA